UCUUGGUCUGAUAUUCGGCUGAUAUUGAUGAUUGAAAUUCAUAAAAUAACUGAAAAUGAUGAAACCAUUUAGAAUUCUUAUGAUUGGUAAUCAUUGUCAAUGGAUGAUUGGCCAUAGAAUUUCGUCAUUUAAUCCAUCAAAGAAUAUCGUUAGAUUUGGCUUUCAGCCUGGGCGAUAUUAUGGUUCUAAGCGACCAAAUGAUUUCAUAUUUGAUGGUGGCUAUUCGAAACAUCUUUAUCCAUUGAUUUUCUCAGGUGUUUGUUUGUCCUGGUUUUCAUUGCAUACAGUGUUCAAAGAAAAAAUUGUCACAUUAAUGGAAGUACGUGAUACUAUUCAAAAGAAACAAUCGAAGCUACCGAUGAAAGUGGAAGAAUUUGUAUCCGACACAAUAGAAACAAGUCAACUUGAUCAAUCAUUGAAACAAGUACUACCAGCAUCAUUUUAUCUAUCAAAUCAGAUUGAACCGAUUACUUUAGGCACAUUUCAAACUCAUUUCGGUGCCUCCAUUUUAUUGCCAUUCUAUUUCCAAUAUGACAACAUUGAUCAAGUGGACGAUAGUUAUGUGUGCCAAGUGCUUCGUCUCAACUAUUCACUAUUGUCUCAAGAUGAAACAGAUGAUGGAAAACCUGUGCUGGAACAUUUGAGACAAUGUUUGAUCAUGUCUGCUGAUGCUAAACGUUUUGCUUUCACUUCAUUAAUUCACAAUAAUUCAAUGCCAGCUGGAUUCUAUGCAGAAAUUUUUGGUCUUUUUGUUUUACCAUUUUUAGCUAAUGAAUCGGCAAAUCUAAUGCAGCGACGAUUACGACUAAAAAAUCCGUUGAUAAAUGUGAUGGCUUCUAUUCUGGGUUAUUUUAGCUACUACAUGAUAAAUCCAUUGUUGAAACAAACACAAACUCGUUAUGGCCAUUUGUGUGUAUACAAAUACGAACCAUCAGAUGUACAAAAAGGUAGCAAAGAAUAUUUCGAUAAAUUGAAACAAUUACAAUGGAUAAUCGAUAAAUAUGGUGAUGAUCAUCAAUCAAAAUCAAAUUCGACCAAAUGGCUAAUUCAUAUACUACGCAGUAGUACUUAUUAUUCAUUCGAUCAACAACAACAAGAUUGUUGUCAUUUUGAAAAAAAUUUACAAUGGUCAAAUUUGUUU